CUCAUACUGAGAUUUAUUUGUUUACCAUAGAACACAUUCUCGACUGUAGAAAGAUCACGGUCAUGAGUCAAGUUAACGUUUUGAUAACGUUAAGGACUCAAUUGUAGCUGAUCAAGUAGCUGAACGUCACUAGGAACAAGCUGAAGUCGUAUUCUCUACAAACGGUCUAAGUAGAAAUUCCAGCGAUCCAGUGACACAUCCACCAAAGGUAAAUCUAACGAUCGCAGUAUUAUAUACUCAAAAGAAAAAAAUAGACACUUAAUAAACAGUAAUGUCAGCAACGGUGCGUUCAUCCGUGCGACCAAAGAGCAGCAAACAACCAUGGGGAACGGUGAUAAAACCAGAGUAUGGGCUUGGGUACCAGAAGAUGACUGCGUAUGAAGUGUCACAGACAGUGGACAGACUCUCACAGAAACGUCCACAGGGGGAACCAAUACUUAUAACUGUUCCACAGAAGGAGAUGAAGAAGUCUGAUCAAGUUGCAAUGAUAGAGCGAUUGAACACAAAUGAAAAGACACCAGAUACAAAAAGGACAAUGCGAGACUCGAGUUAUAAAAACAUGGGAGUCGUUUCAUCAUAUGCAUGGAAGGGAUGGUAUUGAACAGAAAUAUGCUAGAACAACCAUUGGAUAAAUCAUAGAAGUCAAAGGAGAGUUUAACUUUCAAUAAGCCCUGCCAUUUCUUACUGUUCCAAAGAAACUGGAAUAUAUUGGACAGAUUCAGUAGUUACAGAAACAAGAGUUCUGACACAGAUUCAUAUAAUGUUUGUAAUGAGUUCAUUUCGUUUGGAAAUAUCGGUACCUAGAUUUUGACAUCAUCAGUCUAUCCUAGCUUCUUUGGUUUAAUGAAAGAUGACAGGAUUUACUGAAAAGGUCUUUUUCUUUUUUGGUAUUGAGACUUGA